GUCUAUUUUAUGACAUCGUCACAUCGCUUCGGCUUACAAUACGCUUUGUCUCAGCGGUAACUUUACGUGGCAACAAUAUGAUUGGCUCUAAGAAGACCGUGCCGAUAAUAGCAUUCACAACUUCACGUUGACAAAAUGCGGCAAGACCCAGUCACCUGAUGUCUUACGCCCGGGAUCUCGAGGGGAAUGGACCGGAUUCUGUCUCCAGCUUUUCCCCAGACUCAUCCACUACCGGGUCGAGUCCAAGAUCUGAUUGGACAAUUCCUCGACGCUCGGUAUAAGACGAUAUCUGUAUCGGCAUCCUUGUCGGGCUGUACUGUGCCGGCGUGACACCAAUCACCUUUAGACGUCAGGAUCUUAGCAAAUACAUCUUAAUGUCUUGAAGUACAUAGUAGACUUUUGUAUAUUAUAUAAGAUUCUCAUACCCUCUCCCUUUUGUCUACUAAAAUUCCCCUUCGAAAAUUUUAGUUUCUUACCAACUUUCCCUCUUUUUACCUAUCUACAUCUCCGAGUAGAACUUGGGGAGUUUAUAAACUUGAUUUUUCGGCGUUAACCACAAGAUGGCACCUUCGAGAACGAACCAGCCCUACUUUGGGCUGAAAGGCCAAUGGCUGACCUUCUGGAUCACUGUUGCUUGCGCUACAGACAUGACCUUGUUUGGUUACGAUCAAGGUAUCUUCAGCGGUGUUGUCAUUUCUCCUGAUUAUCUCGACGUCCAUCACUUGAAUGGUCCGGAGAACACAAGCACACUAUCUAUCAUAACGGCCAUUUACACUAUCGGUUGCUUCUUCGGCGCCGUCGCGGCGUUCUACAUUGGAGAGGCAAUCGGUCGGAAGAGGACCAUCCUUACUGGUACCGCGAUUAUGACCGUGGGCGCCAUUCUUCAAGCAACUUCUUUCAGUGUUCCUCACAUGAUCGUUGCUCGUAUUGUCUCAGGUAUCGGAAAUGGUAUCAACACAGCUACAGCACCCGUCUGGCAAACGGAAACCUCUAAAGUCCACAACAGAGGAAAGCUUGUCAUGCUCGAGAUGGGAUUAAACAUCCUCGGUUUCUCGUUAAGUAAUUGGAUCAACUACGGAAUGUCUUUCGUUGGAGGUGCGAUAGGGUGGCGGUUACCCUUGGCUCUCCAACUUGUCUUCUGCAUAAUCCUCUUCUCUACUAUUCCGUGGCUUCCCGAGUCACCUAGAUGGCUACUUGCGCACGGGCAGGAGAUUGAAGCUACCACGAUCCUUGCUGACUUGGAGGACAAACCGAUCGAUGACCCAUACGUCGUUGCUGAGCGCGCUGAGAUCAUUUAUGGAAUCGAAUAUGAGCGCGAGAAUGCGAUGAAAUGGGGUGAUAUUCUCCGCGGUCGCAGCAAGACUGGAACCAAAACUAUUCGGCGAUUGGCACUUGGCGCUGGCACUCAAGCUAUGCAGCAAUUCGGUGGUAUCAAUAUCAUGUCUUAUUACCUUCCCACCGUAUUGAUUGAAUCCGUCAAGCUCGACUCUAGCAUGGCUCGCCUCAUCGCAGCCUGUGCGUCGGUUGUUUACCUAAUUGCUUCUUUGAUAGCAGCACCCCUUGUCGAAAAGUUUGGCCGUCGAAAGAUGAUGAUGCUUUCAACAGUCAUUCAGUUCUUCUGCUUUUUGCUCGUGACCAUAUUGCUCCACUUCGCGGAGGAGCCGGGUUACGCGCAUCAAGUCGAGUUGGCCAAGUCUUCUGUUGUGUGGUUCAUUCUCUUCUACGUAGCGUUUGGCUUGGGAAUGCUGGGCAUCCCGUGGUUGUACCCUACCGAGAUCAACUCUCUUCCCAUGCGUACCAAGGGCGCUGCUGUUGCUACGAUGACGAACUGGAUCACCAACUUCGCCGUUGUCGAAAUCACACCGAUCGGCAUCCAAAAACUGGGAUGGAAGUUCUACAUCAUUUGGACCAUAACGAAUGCACUAUUCCUGCCGGUCAUCUACUUCUUUUACCCAGAGACGGCCAACCGUACUCUAGAGGACUUGGACGCCUUUUACCGCGAAAACCCGCCCUUAAUCCUCCACAAGGACCGCGACUCCACCUCGGUACGAAGACCCGAGCGGUUCGCCCAAGCUCAGGGCCGCGACAUAGAGGAAGCGGCCGAGAACCUACGGCAUCGCGGAUCGAUCCACGGGUCUAUCUUCGAGCACGACGCUACUAAUAAGUCUAUCAGCGAUUGAGUCGCUUAGUUAACGAUAUUACGAUACCCACUGGUGGAGACGGUUCGACGACUGGGCAUGGAGCAGGUUUACGAAUACUACCUGGCGAACCUUAGGGACCUAUGCAUGGGCACUGGGGUUUCUUUUUUCUCUCUUCUUUCCUGUACUUUCGUAUAGAUUUCUUCUAGUGAUACCACAUUACGUUAGAGAAGUAAAAAUUCGAU